UGAUGAGUUGGCCGAGACGUAUGUCGGUGCGUGUCAAGGCGGGUGGGGGCCUUGUUCUUACUUUUUGGCCCUGGCAUUUCACAACUACCAUUGUGAAAUGUGCGCAGAAAACACAUGCGGGGAGGGGAGUUCUGGGCCUUGAAUGCAGGUUCACUCAACAAAAUGCAGCGAAAGCUCCAUGGCCUUCUUCCAUUUUACCUCCCACAUGUCUUGUCCAUUGCUACCCUGCUGCUGUUGUGCUUGUGAUCAACAGGUCAUACCGCGAAACACUGAAUCUCCCUUCCCUGCCCCUGCUCGUACUGCAGGGAAAACUUUUCCACGACGACCAGCCGUCCCCUGUAAGCAGUAUCCUGGUGCGUGUGUGUGAGAUUCUGCUUCCAUACAAAGAAAGCCAGAGAUCUUAUUCAUGUUGCAGGGAAAGAGUUUCUCCGUCUGAUUCCUCUCUCUGCGACUGCUUCAGGUUUAGUGAGGGAGUCCAAGGGAUGGCGGGUGGUUUUAGAGACAAAAGGCAGCCGUUUCGCUUUUCUUCGAUUGCCAUUGCCAUUUUGAUCGGAAUUUCUCUUGCUUGCGUCUUCGCUUUCUUCUUCCCACACGGCCUCUUCAGCUCCAGUCUCUCUGUCCAAAGUCGUCGAAUUGGGAAAUCCAUUCUCCGGAUUGGCCCUUCAUGUGAGUCACCUGAGCGGAUCAAGAUGCUGAAAUCUGAAAUUGUUUCGCUAUCAAAUAAGAAUUCGGAGUUGAAAAAGCAGGUAAGGGAGCUGACAGAGAAGCUAAGGCAAGCUGAACAGAUGAAAGAUAAUGCACAGAAGCAGGUUUUGGUGUUGGGUGAACGGCACAAAGCUGGGCCCUUCGGCACAGUCAAGGGUUUAAGGACAAACCCUACUGUUGUUCCAGAUGAAUCUGUGAAUCCAAGAUUGGCGAAGAUCUUGGAGAAAGUUACUGUUCAGAAAGAGGUUAUAGUCGCACUUGCAAAUUCAAAUGUGAAGGAGUCGCUGCAGGUCUGGUUUUCUAACAUCAAGAGAGUUGGUAUACCCAAUUACCUAGUUGUUGCAUUAGAUGACCAGAUUGCAGAAUUCUGCAAAUCAAAUGAUGUUCCAGUGUACAAGAGAGAUCCAGAUGAGGAUAUUGACUCCAUUGCUAGAACAGGAGGCAAUCAUGCUGUGUCUGCAUUGAAGUUUGACAUUUUAAGGGAGUUUUUGCAGUUGGGUUACAGUGUUCUUCUCUCUGAUAUUGAUAUAGUGUACUUGCAAAACCCAUUUGACCAUCUUUAUCGGGAUUCAGAUGUAGAGUCCAUGUCUGAUGGUCACACCACUAUGACAGCUUAUGGUUUUAAUGAUGUCUUCGACGAACCUGCAAUGGGUUGGGCUCGUUAUGCUCAUACUAUGAGGAUUUGGGUUUACAACUCUGGUUUCUUCUAUAUAAGACCUACAAUUCCUGCAAUUGAACUUUUGGAUCGUGUGGCUCAUCGGCUUGCUACGCAGGAAAACUUAUGGGACCAAGCAGUUUUUAACGAGGAACUUUUUUACCCUUCACAUCCUGGAUAUGAUGGACUUCAUGCUGCCAAAAGAACCAUGGAUAUGUAUCUGUUCAUGAACAGCAAGGUCCUCUUCAAAACAGUAAGGAAAGAUGCUAAACUAAAGAAGUUGAAGCCUGUUAUUGUUCAUGUAAAUUACCACCCGGAUAAACUUGCAAGAAUGAAAGCAGUUGUAGAAUUUUACGUCAAUGGAAAGCAAGAUGCACUUGAUCGUUUCCCAGAUGGCUCAAACUGGUAGAAUGACAGGCUUUAUCUCUCAGGCCCAUCUUUGGACGCAUCAAGAGAGCACUUGAGAGCAAUGCGGGGUGUCUUUCUUUAUCAACUCUUUAUUUCCUAUCCAGUUUUUGUCUUGUUUUGCUAUUGAAACUCACGGGUCAAACUUCAUUAUAGCACUUGCAUUUAUACCUUAGCUCUUCCAAAUGUAUACGGACAAAUCUUAUCAAUGCUUCAUUUCCUUUUAUGAUAAAGAUUUUGCUACUUC